GGAAGACACUGAAAAAUCUGAAGAAUGUUUCCAACGAGUGAUCUGGCUGUCACUCACUGGGUUCUGAGGAGCAUGAGGAAGCUCUUUCUGGUGUUUUCUCUCCUGCUGUCCCAAGCAGCUCAUUUGGAAGGCAGAAAGGACAAUCAGUUCAUCUGGAAAACAGGUCCCUGGGGAAGGUGUGCAGGUGACUGCGGACCAGGCGGAGCCCAGAGUCGAGCUGUGUGGUGUUUUCACAUAGAAGGGUGGACCAGUCCCAUGUCGAACUGUGACGAGAGCAGCCGACCUCCAAAGGAAAGGAGCUGUUUCCGAGUGUGUGACUGGCACAGUGACCUGUUCCAGUGGGAGGUUUCCGACUGGCACCACUGCCUGCUGGCUCCUGGGGCCCAAGGCCAGUCCCGGCCUCGGGCUGCCGAGUGUGUGACCGCACAGCACGGUCUGCAGCAUCGGACAGUGCGCUGUCUGCAGAAGCUCAACAGAACCAUGGUGGCCAGUGAGAUCUGCGAACACUUUGCCCCCCAGCCCCCCACAGAGCAAGCCUGCCUCAUCCCUUGCCCCAGGGACUGUGUGGUAUCCGAGUUCUCCCCGUGGUCCACCUGCCGUGAAGGGUGUGGGAAGAAGCUGCAGCAUAGAACGCGCGUGGCCAUUGCGCCCCCCCUGUAUGGAGGUCUGCAGUGCCCGAAUCUGACCGAAUCCAGAGCCUGUGAGGCUCCGGUUUCCUGUCCUCUGGGGAAAGAGGAAUAUUCCUUCAGCCUUAAGGUGGGACCGUGGAGCAAAUGUAGACUCCCUCACCUUAAGGAAGUCGACCUCAGCGGAAGAAAUGUCCAGGAUUUUAGCUCCGAUUCAAAUGAGCAAGUCACCCUAACACAUCAGAGUUACAAAGCACACCACCACUCCCAGCCUGGAGGUAUAGAGAUAGGUUUUCAAACCAGGCAGGUGUGGUGCACCAGAAGUGAUGGAAGAAACGCCCUGUUAAGCCUUUGCAUGCAAGAUUCCUUCCCACUGACUGUCCAGCCCUGUGUGAUGCCAAAGGACUGUGAGACUUCCGAGUGGUCCCCCUGGAGCCCCUGCUCCAAGACUUGCCGUUCUGGGAGUCUCUCACCCGGAGUCAGGAGCAGGAGCCGGAACGUGAAGCACAUUGCUAUUGGAGGUGGCCAGGAAUGCCCAGAACUUCUUGAGAAAGAGACCUGCAUUGCUGAAGGGGAGCUUCUGCAGCCCUGUCCCAGGUAUUCCUGGAGAACCUCUGAAUGGAGAGAAUGCCAAGUCUCUCUUCUUCUGAAGCAACAGGACCCACUUUGGCAUGACACAGGACCAAUGUGUGGUGGCGGGAUCCAGACCCGGGAGGUGUACUGUGCCCAGAGUCUACCAGCAACUAUCACACCAAGGACCAAGGAAGUCUCUAGGCCUGUGGAAAGUACAUUAUGUUUGGGACCUGCCCCCUCAGCCUCCCAGCUCUGCAAUGUCCCUUGCUCGACGGCCUGCAUAGUAUCUUCCUGGUCAUCCUGGGGCCCAUGUGUUCAUGAAAACUGCCGUGAUCCUCAGGGGAAGAAAGGCUUUAGAAUGAGACAGCGCCAUGUUCUCAUGGAAUCUACAGGGCCCACGGGGCACUGCCCUCACCUGGUAGAAUCUGUGCCUUGCGAGGAUCCAAUGUGUCAUCGAUGGCUUGCUUCUGAAGGGAUCUGUAUCCCCAAUCAUGGGAAAUGUGGCCUGGGACAUCGCAUCCUGAAGGCUGUCUGUCAGAACGAAAGAGGAGAAGAAGUAUCAGGGAGUCUCUGCCCAGUGCCUCCUCCUCCUGAACGGAUGGCUUGUGAUAUUCCCUGCCGAAUGGACUGUGUGGUGAGUGAGUGGACGGUGUGGUCAUCUUGCUCCCAGUCCUGCUCAAAUAAAAAUGCAGAUGGCAAACAAACCAGGUCGCGGACUGUCCUGGCUUUGGCUGGAGAAGGUGGGAAGCCCUGCCCUAGUAGUCAGGAACUCCAAGAGUACCGCCUGUGCAAUGAUCACUCCUGUACACAGCUCUACUGGGAGACAUCUGCUUGGGGUCCCUGCUCUGAAAAUACUCUGGUGACUGCCCUCAAUGUGACCAUUGGCUGGAAUGGAGAAGCGACAUGUGGGGUGGGCAUUCAGACACGGAAAGUCUUCUGUAUCAAGAGUCAUGUGGGACAAGUAAUGACCAAAAGAUGUCCAGAGUCCACGCGGCCUGAAACUGUAAGACCUUGUUUCCUCCCAUGCAAGAAAGACUGCCUCGUGACUGCUUUCAGUGAGUGGACACUCUGCCCACGUCAGUGUCAGCCAGGAAAUACCACAAUAAAACAGUCUCGAUACAGGAUUAUCAUCCAGGAAGCAGCCAAUGGAGGCCAAGAGUGCCCAGAUACCUUAUUUGAAGAGAGAGAGUGUGAAGAUAUUUCAUUGUGUCCUACGUACAGGUGGAAACUACAGAAAUGGAGCCCUUGCAUCUUGGUUCCAGAGUCUGUCAGGCAGGGGAGAACAGGCACCAGUGAGGCAUGUGGGAAGGGGUUGCAGACAAGAGCUGUCUCGUGCAUCUCUGAUGAUAACCAGUCUGCAGAAAUGACAGAAUGCCUCAAGCAGAUGAAUGGCAUGCCACCCCUGGUGCAAGAAUGCACUAUUCCCUGUCGGGAAGACUGCACCUUCACCCCUUGGUCUAAGUUUACACCCUGCUCCAAGAACUGUGAAGCAACCCAGAUCAGGAGACGGCAACUCACAGGGAAAAGCAGGAAGAAAGAGAAAUGCCAGGAUGCUACCCUGUACCCUCUGGUGGAAAUGGAACCAUGUCCCUGUGAUGCAUUCAUGUCCCAUCCUUAUGGAAACUGGUCAGCUUGCAUUCUACCGGAAAGCAAAAGGGAUCCUCAGCGAGGAGGCUUGUGGGUGCCAGGAGCUGACAAAGAAUGUGGAGAAGGUGUGCGCUAUCGAGCAAUAGCAUGCUCUGAUAAAAAUGGAAGACCCGUUGACCCCUCGUUCUGCAACAGCACUGGUUAUGUUCAAGAAGAAUGUGUCAUCCCCUGCCCAUUUGACUGCAAGCUGAGUGACUGGUCCAGCUGGGGCUCUUGCAGUUCGUCUUGUGGGAUUGGAGUGAGAAUUCGAUCUAAAUGGCUAAAAGAGAAACCUUACAGUGGAGGUCGACCGUGUCCCAAACUGGAUCUCAAGAAUCAGGUUCAUGAGGCAGUCCCAUGUUACAGUGAGUGCAAUCAAUAUUCCUGGGUUGUAGAACACUGGUCUCCAUGCAAAAUCAACAAUGAGCUGAGAUCUCCACGCUGUGGAAGAGGAACGCAAUCUAGAAGAAUCAGGUGUGUGAGUACUGCUGACAGUGAGGGAGGAGUAGUGGACAGGAGCCUGUGCAACCAGGAUGAUGCUCCCCCAGAAACCCAGGCCUGUUCUCUUCCGUGUCCCAGUGAAUGUGUCAUGUCUGAGUGGGGAACAUGGAGCAGAUGCCCACAGUCAUGUGACCCCCAUGCAAUGCAGAGAAGAUCUCGACAUCUGCUGAGGCCUUCGCUGAACUCAAGAACUUGUGGGGAAGACUCCCAGGUGCGGCCCUGUCUCCUCAAUGAAAACUGCUUCCAGUUCCAGUACAACCUCACAGAGUGGAGUACAUGCCAGCUGAGUGAAAAUGCUUCCUGUGGCCAGGGCGUGAGGACUCGCCUGCUGAGCUGUGUGCGCAGUGAUGGCAAGCCUGUUGGCAUGGACCACUGUGAUCAGCGGAACCUGGAAAAACCCCAGAGGAUGAGUAUUCCCUGUUUGGUGGAGUGUGUCGUCAACUGUCAGCUCUCAGGAUGGACAACAUGGACAGAGUGUUCGAAAACCUGUGGCCAAGGAGGUCGAAUGAGCCGGACUCGAUUUAUCAUUAUGCCAACCCAAGGAGAAGGACGGCAGUGCCCCACAGAGCUCAUCCAGCAGAAACCCUGCCCAGUGAUACCCUGCUAUAGCUGGGUCCUUGGCAACUGGUCUGCAUGUAAAUUGGAGGGUGGAGAUUGUGGGGAAGGCGUGCAGGUGCGCAGCUUUUCCUGCGUAGUCCACAACGGCUCAAUAUCCCACACAGCUGUCCGCGUGGAGGAUGCCCUGUGUGGAGAAGUCCCCUUCCAAGAAGGAACCCUGAAGCAGCUGUGCUCUGUGCCUUGCCCAGGAGACUGCCACAUAACCCCAUGGUCAGAGUGGAGCAAGUGUGAGUUAACCUGCAUCGAUGGGAGAAGCCUGGAGACCACGGGCCGCCAAUCCAGGUCAAGGACAUUCAUAAUCCAGUCUUUCGAGAAUCAAGACAGCUGCCCCCAGCAGGUUCUAGAAACACGACCUUGCACGGGCGGCAAAUGCUAUCACUACGCAUGGAAAGUGAGCCUUUGGAACAAUAAUGAACGGACUGUGUGGUGCCAGCGUUCCGAUGGCCUUAAUGUCACAGGCGGUUGCUCCCCUCAGGCACGCCCUGCUGCCAUUCGGCAAUGCAUUCCAGCUUGUAGAAAACCGUUCUCCUACUGCACACAGGGCGGCGUCUGUGGCUGUGAGAAGGGGUACACAGAGAUAAUGAGAUCAAGUGGAUUCCUGGAUUACUGCAUGAAGGUACCUGGCUCAGAGGACAAAAAAGCUGAUGUGAAAAACCUUCCUGGGAAAAACAGACCUGUGAAUUCCAAAAUACAUGAUAUUUUUAAAGGAUGGCCUCUUCAACCUCUUGACCCAGAUGGCCGAGUAAAAAUUUGGGUUUAUGGCGUUUCAGGUGGCAGUUUUCUUAUCCUGAUUUUCCUAGUAUUUACUUCCUAUCUUGUUUGCAAGAAGCCAAAACCACAUCAAAGCACACCUCGCCAUCAGAAGCCACUGACCUUGGCCUACGAUGGGGACUUGGACAUGUAACUUGAAAAAGGAAUCCAAAUGUAGACAUCAACUGCUGCCUUAAAUGCUUUCUCUUUUGUAGCUCUCAGACUUCUCAGUUCUUUGAGGAAUCUCAUGAUGUGAUACAUUGGGCAGAAUACAAAUACUGCAAAAGUAA